AUGUCCACGCUGAACCUGGAUGAAUUGCCGACUUUCGGUGAGCGGAGAGCCUACGUCCGACGAGAUGCCAUAGCGAGCCGCGGGACUCACUACUCCGCUCUUGACCAGUUUGUGGACACCGUUUGCACGGGACUACUGAUCAAAACAGUGUACAUAGUUUGUUUGACGACAUUAACCAUGUCAUUCAUCAUCGAGUGCAUUCUCAUAAAUCUGGUAAUUCUUCCUUACCUGCACGAGUCGUACUUCGAGGAGGCCAACUGCUACCUCCACUUCAUUGAGCCCGAGAUGCCUUUACUCAGGUGCGAAAAUAAGUGCUCAAAAGACCGGUCUCAGUUCCCUUGCCUCAGGGUACACAUUUUAUAUGAAUGGGAAAAUCGAAAUCACAGUGCCAAACUUUUCGAUACAAUCGGAACUCAUGAGAUUUACAAGAAACAUGGGUGCGUCACGUCUACAUGCUACCGUCGGACAGAGGACAAUCGAUACGCAAUGGAUCUCUUUAAGAUGCGCCUCCAAUCUCGCACGAAGUUUCGCUGUUUCGCCUCAGUAAAAUACAAGAGUAGCGAGGCACUUAUAGACAAGUUCCAUAGCCCUCAAAUGAUAUUUCAUUCUGCUUUUUGGCCAGUUGUUAUCUUCUUUUUCUCCUUGUCUCUUCUUGUUACGACCUUCUUUUUUCAUCGAUACAGGUCAUGGAAACACCGCAGUAUCCUUUUAGAAUAA